AUGACAGGUGACUCUAAAGUAAAGGUUCCUAUGGCAUUUGGCACUAAGUUAACAUCUUCUCUGGAGAAACCUGUUGUUGACAUUACGCUUUAUCGACAAAUGAUAGGGUUUCAAGCUAAUCCAAGAGAACCUUACAUGAUGGCUGUCAAGAACAUCUUCCGUUAUCUAAAGCGAUCUUCAUCUCUCGGUCUCUGGUAUCCUGCCAAAUCAGGAUUCUUUAUUCAAGCUUUUUCUAAUGCUGAUCUUGCAGGGUAUGGACUAGACCGAAAGAGCACUACAGGUGGAUACCAAUUUCUUGACGGAAAGCUUGUUAGCUGGCAGUCCAUAAAGCAAACUUAUGUGUCACUUUCUACAGCAGAAGCCGAAUACAUAGCCGCAGCUUCUUGUACUUCUCAGAAAGUGCAAUAA